UUUCUCGACAUCGACUUGGAUGCCUACAUUGUCGCCCUUGUCGCGAUCGAUUGUCAUUGUCGGUGGUUCUUGGCGUUUUUCCCCUGCGAUUCAGCGCUGAUGUCUGAGGCGAUGGCGAUGGAUGUGCUUGUGAUCGCGCACUGAGCUCAAUAAGAUGGAUCGCUCGUCUGAAUCGGUGUUGCAAGGUAGUAGAGCGACAAUGCCGCUAGAUUGCAUCACGGAGGACGAUAUUCCGCAGGCAUCUGUGCCUGUGCCAUGCUCUCCUCGCAGAUUUUCGUCGCUUCCCAAGGCACUGGAGCAGGUAUCGAGAAAUUUGCCAAAGAAGGGAUUCCGCUCCUUCUCCCACACCGGAAUCUACUAUCCCAAGCGGAGCCUGCCCGAAGAGCUCGAUGCCGAUGUCAAGUGCGUUCCAAAAUUCUCCGCGCUUGCGUUUGGAAAAUCCAAGAUGGAGCUCGCUGCAAGCCAAGAGGCUCAAGAAGUGUCUACGAGCGAGAAUGUGCUUCCCAGGGCGUGUCGUAUCAGAGUAAACAUUGUCGCCGUCAAAAAUCUCAAAAAAAGAGUACGCGAUGUCGACGUCAAGGUGGCUGGGCUCAAGCUAAAAGUGGAGAACCAGUCGAGACAUUCUAAGCAGAUUCGGGUCGGAGCGAUCGAGCAAGAUGGAUCCGUUAAAGUUAACCAGAGCUUCACUUUUGACAUCAAGGAUCCAAAUAAUGCAGUUCUGCUGUUACACGUCGUUUCUAAGACACGUUUUGGAGGAGAAGACUCGCUUGGGAUUUCUACGGAAGUUCGUGUUGCUGAUCUUCUCGAUAAAAAGGGAGGUGGUCAAGAUGGAAAAACCAAGUGGUAUGAUCUUUUUUCAAAGACUGGGAAGAGACUAAUGCCGGGGAAGGUUUUAAUGGACAUAGUUGCAGGAAUAGCUGAACCCGAGCAUGAUAUCAGUGUUUUCUUGGGUACAUGGAAUGUAGGAAACGCAAGACCGGCUGCGGAUUUGUCAUCGUGGCUUCCUACAAAGAGCGAGCACGAGCUGCUAGUUAUUGGUGCGCAGGAAUGCGAUUAUCCGCCUCGACCACCUUUCUCGGACUGUGCCAAAGACUGGAUAAACAGUGUAAAGUCUUGCAUAGGCCAAAGAUACAAACUUGUUUGUGCUGUGUCACGAAGCCAGAUCCGUUUGGCGGCGUUUGUGCGAGAUGAUGCCGAGAAAGCCAUAUCGGAGAUGGAUAGUGGAAGUGAAGCCACAGGAGUGGGCCAUGUCGUGGCAAACAAAGGCGCGGUAUGCAUUGCUUUUAAGUUUUGGGAUACGGAUUUGUGCUUUGUAAACUCACAUCUAGCUGCACACAUGGGAUAUUGUGACGUGCGAAACGGCAAUUACCGAGAGAUUGUCGAGAAUCUGAGCAUUGGCUAUCAAGGAAUGGACAUUUUAAGUAAAUUUCAUCAUGUUUUCUGGAUGGGAGAUUUGAACUAUCGUCUGGAUUUUGAAAAUGUCGAAGAGAGAACAGUUUCACCGGAGAAAGGCGUCUGGCAAAAGGUUGUCGAUCAGAUCAAUGCUGGCAAUUACAAGGAGCUCUUGGAUCACGACGAGUUGACAAGAGAGAUUGCAGCGUCAAGGGCUUUUCAUGGAUUCAAGGAAGGGAACAUUGGUUUUGCUCCAACAUUCAAGAUGAUUCGGGACACUUUAUCUUCAUACAAUGAGAAACGUCUCCCAGCAUGGUGCGAUCGUAUUUUGUGCCGGUCAUUUGAUGGGUGCUAUAUGAGACCAACUUCUUAUUUUUCAGCGCCUGAAAUCUGUACUAGUGAUCACAAGCCAGUGGGGGCAACCGUGUCACUUACAGCAUAUGCGCUUCCUUGCUUGAACUUCGAUGCUGACGGGAGAAAAUGGCACAUACUUCUUACGUCACUGGAGGCUCAAGGAUUGCGGUCGUCAGAUAUAAACGGUUUUUCAGACCCGUACGUGUCUUUUGGAGGUGCAAACCUGGUGAGCGAGUUUCACUCCAAAGUCAAAUAUCGAACACUGAAUCCAGUAUGGGAUCCUGCGAAGGACCUGCCUAAGCUAGUUGUCACUGCAAGCUCCCUUCACCGGCUGGAGCACGAAUAUUUGAUGUGCCAUGUUCUUGACUAUGACUUCACUUCGGCUAACGACACUCUUGGAUUCGGAGCAAUUCCGCUCAAUGGUGUCGUUGCUGCAUUCAAGCGAAGUCCGGACGAAGUUGCUCAGUUUAAGAUCGAGCUGCUGCACCGCGGCCUUCCCGCUGGCAUCCUCAAAGGUGGGAUGAAGCUAACGUGGGAGAAGAGCUUGGUCAAGCAAAAAACUUCUCUCGCCGAUAGCUUGAUUGUGCGGACUUUGACACUACGGAAGAGUUUCAAGAAGACGUUCUUCGCUAGAGAACACUUCCAGUGAGCCAUGGACGACGGGUGGGUUGGAUCUUCUUUUUCAUUCAUUUGGUAUGAUCUGUUUUAAUCGUUAAUGUUGUG